AUGUCGUUCCCAUCGCUGUUAGGACCAUCACUUGGUAGUGUGUCGUUGUUGGAUGGAACUUUGUUUACACAUAAUGCAAGUCAAGCUUUCAUGUUGAUGAAUGGUAAUAAGAGUGGUGGUGGUGCUGGUGCUAGUACAGCUUCUGGUGGUGGUGCAGGUGCAGCAGCUGCGACGGGCAAAGUGGGAGACGUACACUUUGGUAACAACCACAGCUACGCAUACUAUGCCUGUCGACUCGGUGUCGAGGAAGAGUGGAUCGUCAGAGAAACUACUAGAUUACAUCAAUCUAUAGAUCAUGCUCUAUCAUCAUCAUCUACAUUACUUGGAUUCAAUAGUAAUCGUAUAAUUGGUGUACAUAAUAAUAAUAAUAAUCAAAAUAAUAGUAGUAACACAAACAAGAAUAAUAAUAAAAAGAAAGGAGGAGUGGGAGGAAUAGGUAGUCGAUUUGGACAACAACAAAUUCAACCACAAGAUUACUAUCAUGAAGAUGAUCAUGAACAAGAACAAGAAGAAGAAGAAGAGGAGGAAGAAUAUGAAGAAGAAGAAUAUGAAGAUGAAAGUAAUGAUGAACCUACAUCAUCACCAUCAUUGGAAAGACAAAUUGAAGAUAUGGAUGAAGAGGAGGAAGAGGAGGAAGAGGAAGAGGAAGAAGAGGAAUACCAUGAUAUGGAUCAAUCAACAAUCUCAUUCAACCAAAGUAAUAGUAUUGGAGAGAUUAGUAAUGGUAGUAGAUUAAGUAAUAAUAAUCUAUUAUCCAUUUUAGAGUUUACAACUAAUAAUAAUAAUAAUAAUAAUAAUAAUAAGAGUUUACAACAUGAUGAUGACCAACAACAACAUGACAUGUCAUUAUCGAUGCAAAUGGAAGAAAGUGUUCAAGAUAUGAAUACUACCAAUAACUCUGUCGAUAUGAGUGUGAAUAUGGACCAAUCCAAUGUUUCUCAACAUAUAGUAGAUGAAGUUGAAUACCAAGCACAACAACAACAACAACAACAACAAAGAAUAUUCUCAUUUGGCAAACACGAUCAUGAACCAAAUCAUCAUCAUCAACAACAUGAAGAUGAAGAGGAUGAAGAAGAGGAAGAAGAAGAUGAAGAGGAGGAAGAUGAAUACGAAUCGAAUGAUAUGGAUAUAUCAAUACUCUACUGUAUCUAUUGGCAAGAUCAAGCCUUCAAACAUUUCAAAGACAGCACCCCCCAAAAGAGAAAACCAAAGAUGCCAGGAGAUAAUGGAGGUGGAUCAGACUGUACAACUGUAUCUAUUGGCAAUUCUGUAAAGAAGGUUCCAGCUCGUAAAGAAUACUAUGAUAAAAUUGUUGUUAAUCAAUCAGGUAGUUCUCAAGAAACCCCAAUGACCACAGCAAAUACGUUUGGUGGAGAAGGAGAUGACUGUAUUAUCAUUCAAUGCAAAGGGGGUUUGAACAAGAGGAAUCCUGUAGUCGUGUCUAGAAAUGUAACAUCCUCAUCCUCUUCCUCACAAUAG